AUGGCCGCCGGCUCCUCCACUGAGGUCGGCCCCCAGGACAUGUUCCGGCCUGUGGAUCAGAACACCAAGAGUGAGUCUGGAAGGAAGGUCCAGAUACAGAACAUUAAUGCUGGCAAGAUGAUUGCCGACGUCAUCCGCACCUGCCUGGGCCCUCGUUGGAUGCUGAAGAUGCUGAUGGAUCCGAUGGGGGGCGUGGUGAUGACUAACGAUGGUAAUGCUAUUUUGAGGGAGAUUACUGUGCAACACCCUGCCGCCAAGCACAUGAUUGAGAUUGCGCGGACCCAGGAUGAAGAGGUGGGUGACGGAACAAGCAGUGUGGUGAUCCUGGCAGGGGAGAUGCUGGUGGUGGCUGAGCAGUACCUGGAGCAGAACAUGCAUCCGCUUAUCAUCAUUCAGGGGUACAGACAGGCCCUCGACCAUGCUCCGGGGGCCCUUAAAGACACCCUCAGAUCCUGGGAGGAGCCAUCGAAGAGAGCUGUGUGCUGGACGGGAUCAUGAUAAACAAGGAUGUGACCCAUGCAAAGAUGAGCAGGAAAGUAGACAACCCUCGUAUCAUUCUCCUUGACUGCCCGCUGGAGUACAAGAAGGGCGAGAGCCAGACUUUGGUGGAAAUGACUGCUGAGACGGACUUU